AUGUCGAUCAUGGGCUCUGAGCAGUCACGGCCCCGUACAGAGGCACAGGCCAAAGCCGUCCCGGCGGCAGCGACGGUGGACGCAGAGGUCGCAGCUGAUGCCGUCGGCGAUGUCAAAGCGACAGCAGACGAGAGCGUCGAUCGUGCCGCAGAUCACCAGCCUUUGCCUCCGAACGAUAACCCAGAGGUCGUCAGCGUGUCGGUGAAAGAGGCCACAUCCACAAAGCCCGUCGAGACGAUGGCACCUGCCCGCACGAUUCCGGACGAAGCCAAGGUCAAGACCGAGCGGGCGGACGCGGAUACCGCACCGUCAUCGCUGGCCGCCACACCACCCGAGUCGGCAGCCGAGACAGAGCUCGACUCAUCAGAGCUCAAGACGGACGACGCCGCCGCUGUCCCUUCCAACCUCGAGAUCAAGACCGAGGGCGACAAUGCAGCGAUCGCGGCGGAGGCCAAGUUGACGGCCGAGGAGGCCACUCAACCGCCGGCGGCCACUCCGACAAAGGCCCAGGAGGACGCCGAGACAGCAGGCGCCCUCUCGACGAAGGAAGAAGGACAGGAGAAAGAGGAUCGCGACGACUUCGUGCCCGGGGACAUGGAGCACAUUGUCGCCACCGGCGCAUCCGAAAGCGCCGGUCAAUCUAUGGAGUCGCUCCGGGACGCCGUCCGCAAGGCGCGGGAGGCGGCAGGUACGCCCAGAGAAGCCCUGCCGCCAGGCUUUGAGGACGACAUGGAAGGGCAAGCUUCGGGCGAAGAAGCCUCCAUCGCAAAGGACGAAGACAACGAGGAGCCGGCAGAAGACCUCAAAGAUGCGGUGCGCAAGGCGAUGCAGGCGUCUGGAAUGUCUGCCACAGGCGACAACGGUGAUGAUGCCGCCAGCAGCAACAGCACUAGCGACAGCGACGACGAAGACGGUGGAUCGUCUUCUUCCGACGACUCCGAUUCCGAAGACUCGGACGAAGAGGACGCGGGCGAGGUGGACGCUGCUCUCGGCGUUGGAGCCGACGAUUACGACGACGAUGACGACGAGGCAGGAGCGGGCGGCGCUGGUGAAGCUCCUAAGACCAAGAACGAGGUCGUGGCGCCCGACGUCGAGCUGCCGGCAAUACAGACGCUGUCGCCCGGAGACCUGGCCAUGGUGCGACCUCUGGGCCAGGUCCACUCGAUCGUGGACAGCGUCGUCGUCGUCGCCCAGGACGUCACCAAGAAGGAAGGAGAGGCGGGCAACGCCGCUGGCAGCGCAAGCGCAGGCGCAGGCUACAAGGGCAAGCAAGCGGUCCGGGGCGCGCCCAUCGACAGCACGGGCCGUCGGGGCGAGGCGGACGAGGGCGAGUACAGCGUGCUCGACACGGGCAGCCUGCUGUGCUUUGAGGACGGCAAGGUGCUCGGCCUCGUCUUUGAGACGUUUGGCUCGGUCCACGCGCCCCUCUACUCGAUCCGCUAUCCGUCGGCGGCGGCCAUCGAUCGGGACGUGGUCCAGGUCGGCCGCGUGGUCUGCUACCUGCCCAACGCCAGCACCUAUGUCCUGACGCGGGUGCUCAAGGCCAUGAAGGGCAGCGACGCCAGCAACAUCUACGACGAGGAGGUCGGGGAGGACGAGGUCGAGUUCUCUGACGACGAAGCCGAGGCCGAGGCGAAGCGGAAGCACAAGGAGAACAAGCGGGCCAGGCAGGAGGCCAACGGCACCGACCGCGGCAACAAGCGCCAGAAGGGCAGCGGCAAGCAUCCGCAGCACCAGAAUCCGCAGCAAGGCCAGCAGCAGCAGCAGCAUCAGCAACAGCUGCGACACGGAGGUCAUCCCCGUCCCUCGUUGCCGGCGCGGCCCAUGGCUGCCGCUCUGCCGGCGCGACCCAACUUCGACAUCGAUGCUCCGCCGAGUCGCAGCGGCACGGGCGGCGGUAUCGGUGGCCGCACCAUCCUCUCCUACGACGAUGCCGGAGCCGGUGGAGAUGCAGGGGUCGUCGCGAUGGCCCCACGCUCGUCUGGCGCAGCCGCAGGGGCAGCGGUCCUUGGAAGGCCACCUCAGCUGGCCGGGCUGCCUCCGGUGCCUCGCGGAAUGGGAGGAGGAGGAGGGGGAGGAAGCGGCGCCGGCCCUGCCGCCAUCAAGGACAAGGGCCGCGGCAUCGCCGGACUGCCGCCCAAGCCUGCCAGCCUGCCCCAGUCGCCGCACUCUUCGGCGGCAACGUCACCCGCGCUGCCCCAAGGCUCCUCUGCCUUCAACGCCACCCCACCGAUGGGAGCUUCGUCGGGCCGCUUCAACAGCCCUCCAGGCUCUGCCGGUUCCCCGCUGCCGCCGGUCAUCGGCCCGCCUCAGCACUAUCCGCGCUCAUUUGGCGGCCAGCAUGCCGUCAGCCCGCCCGUUGGCGGCGGUCACCCUCAGCAGCUGCCGCCUCCCCCCACGGACAGCGCUGGUGGCCAUUACAACCCGCACUUUGCGGGCUACUGGGCUCAGCAUCAGCAGCAGCAGCAGCCGCCAGCCUACUGGGGCCAACCAGUGGCCGCACCCGGGCCGUCCUACGGCGGCUACCCGGGCCAGAUGUACCCGCCAGCUCACUACGCUGGCCAACAGUACCCGCCGCAUGUCGCACCUUCGGCGACGGCGAUGGCGUCUGGGCCAACGAGAGCCCCUGCACAGCAUCAGCAGCGACCGCAGCAGCAACAGCAGCACCAGCAGCAGGCUGAGGGUCCACCGACGCAGUACGGCGGGUACGGCAUGGGCUAUGGGAGCGCGGGCUACCCUGCUGGCGCUGCGGCGGGCGGAGGCUAUCCCGGGUACAACCCGGCUGCUGCCGCAUACGGCGGCUCAGGCUACGGCUACCCCGGCGGCACCGGCCGGCCCGACGCGAACGCAGCGUACCCUUCGGCCUACCCGACGAGCGGCGGCGUUCCCGACGCAGGCGAAGGCGGCAGCAGCGGCAGCUAUGAUCCCAAGCGACCCAGCUACCCCGGCCAAGCGUCGCCGGCGUCGGGAUAUCCGCCUCCUCCUGCAUAG